GGCCGGCUGGGUUGCGCCCUCUUCUUGCACACCUGCCUGGCAGAUGUGGCAGGGCGGGGGCAAGGCCGGCCUUGCGAGGACGACUGGAGGUCACCAAGGUCUUUUCCUUCCAAUUUCGUCUCCCUCAGAGGUGUGCCAUUGUGCCUGAGUGUCUACUCUUGGAAGCUUCAUGAGCGGUCAUUCCUCUGUAGGAAUCCUUUUCCCUUCCGCGAGGAUGACCUUCUAAUAAAAACACAAUCCACUUUUCAUCCUUACUGAGAUCAUCUGAUUCAUAUUACAUAGCUUCACUAGAUCAUUGUCUUUUGGGUCCAAGUUGUGGAACCAACUUGUGGGACUUACGUUAUUAACCAGUCACUUACGGAUCGUCUACUCAACAUCCGUCAGUUGUUCUCCUUGAGCUUAGCUCAUCUAUACUGUGAUUACCUUGCAGGAUUCUGAGAAGUCAAAUGCUAAGUCCAAAGCGGGGCACUUAUUAAUUGCAACAUUGUCAUAAUAGCUACAGUACUAGACUGUGGUGAUAGAGCUUAAAAGACUCAACCCUGACCUUACAGGCGGGUGGGGACACAUGCAGAGACAGACAGUUCCAUUGUGCUAAUUAUUAAUAAUGAAGAUAUCAAGUACCAUAAGAGCGUAGAAGAUGGACAGUUACAUAUGCAUAAGCAAGUCAGAGAAAACUCGAGACCACCUGGAGAGAAUUCGGAUGCCCUUGCAUGAGCAGGUGGCAUUCUUUCCAAGGAUUUUGUAAGCGGAGUGCCCAUGUGUUCCCUCUGAAGCCUUCUGUGUGCAUUUUAAGAAUACCCUUUCAUUUUCUUGCCUGUUGCGGGGCGGGGAGCAACGGCUUUGAUGUGUUACCGUUAGGCAAUGGUAGUUUGUCCUCUUGUGAAAUGAGUGUAUUAUUUUGUAUUUCUGCAGAGCCAGCACGGUCUGUUGUUUUGCCCUUUAUGCUCCUCCACUCUUGCCCUUUGGACCCUCUAUGUUUUCUUCAUUCUUUUCUAAAGCUGAUGGGAAAUUUUUGUUAUUCAUUGCUUUUAUUGAGAUACACUUCAUCGGCUUUUUAAAACAUGCAAAAUCAGAUUGCUGAAUUAGGUAUUUGCACUUCGUUUGUUUGCUGGCUUGUUUUUUAACUUGAUAGUUUCCCCCUGUGAGCAAUGGCUUUGGCACAGAACCCUUCCUUUUGUUAAAAAUUUGUGGAGAAUGGUGUGGGGGCUGGGCAUGAGAGGUGGGGAAAUCGGAGUAUGAGAUGGUUUGAGUACAAAACAAUUUAGGAUCGGAACCUGAAGCGUUAUUUAAGUAACCAGCAAGUAAACGAAAAUUAUUUUGAGAGGCACAUGGUAUAGACGUGCCUAUAUCAUAAGACUUUUCGGGGCUCAUCUGUUAAGAAAGCAUGGCUUAAAUUCUCUUCAUGCAAACGACUUCUGUUUUAGGGGAACUAUCAGCAAGAUAUUUUUUCCAAAGACCAGUGGUAAGAUUUAAUAUUCCCUUCCCCCCCUACUGUCUUCUCUUAGAAAAAGCGUAACUAUGGUUUUGUGUCAGGCUGUGGUCAUUGAAAAGACUCAUGUAAUGUCAAUAAUGUGCAUGAACUUCUCUGAAUCUGGUUAUUUAAGUUAUUCAAGACAUUAUGCCUAUAAAGUUAUGAGCUUGAUCUUCCUAAUGUGGGCCAGUUAGCUUCAUCGUUUCGAGGUAAAAUGUCUAGCUUGAAUUCAGAAUAUAAUUAUUAGAAAAAUUGUUUUCAAGUAAAGUGGGUACUUGUGAGGAGGCCAUACAUAAAACUUAGUGCUGGAAAAACGAUUCAGUAUGUGCCUUAAUCGAAAGUAUAUUGAGCAUGCUGCCCUUGUAUAAAAAGACAACAUUAUAAAUUCUGUAUUACAUCUUCCAUAUCUCAAACUUGGGGUCAGUGAGCAUCACCCAUGAAAUUAUAGAAUUCAGCUUCACCUGCAUUUAUUAGGAACCUGUCAUAAGUAGUAUAGUAUUCUAGAAGUCACAUUGUGUCCCAAUCAUGGUUGCAGUCAAGGGGGCAUCACAGAAUAUGAAUAUCUGAAGUUAUUCCUAUGGGAAUGCAAAAAUUAAGGACUGAAGUAUAUUUUAGGCUGAAAUUUCUGAGUAAAAAAAGCCCAAAUCUUGUCACUUACCCCCCCACCCCCAGUGAUCUGGGGGGUAAUCUGGGACAAUGAUUCUUAAAUUUGGGAGUGCAUAAGAAUCAGCUGAUUUCUAAACCCCCAUCAACCUACUGAGAAUCCAUAAGCAUGGGGCUGGGAAAUAAAUACUUUUUCACAAUUUCCCCAGCUGAUUCUGAUGUACUCUAAAAUUUGAGAACCGCCCAUCUUGUAGUGACUAAAAUAUUAGACCUAUGACUUUAGAAUUUUAGAAUUUUUGUUGGUUUCUCUGAAUGUUGCGGGUUUCCCCCUCAUUUUGUUUUUCUUUGUUAGCAACCUUUCCCCUCGAUCUCACAAAAACUCGACUCCAAAUGCAAGGCGAAGCGGCUCUUGCUCGGUUGGGAGACGGUGCAAGAGAGUCGGCUCCCUAUAGGGGCAUGGUGCGCACAGCCCUAGGGAUUGUUCAAGAAGAAGGCUUCCUAAAGCUUUGGCAAGGAGUGACACCUGCCAUUUACAGACACUGUACUCUGGAGGGCGCAUGGUCACUUAUGAACAUCUCCGUGAAGUUGUGUUUGGCAAAAGUGAAGAUAAGCAUUAUCCUCUUUGGAAGUCAGUGAUUGGAGGUAUGAUGGCUGGUGUUGUUGGCCAAUUUUUAGCCAACCCAACUGAUCUAGUGAAGGUUCAGAUGCAAAUGGAAGGAAAAAGGAAACUUGAAGGGAAGCCUUUGCGAUUUCGUGGUGUGCAUCAUGCCUUUGCAAAAAUCUUAUCUGAAGGAGGAAUACGUGGGCUUUGGGCAGGCUGGGUACCCAAUAUACAAAGAGCAGCACUGGUGAAUAUGGGAGAUUUAACCACUUAUGAUACAGUGAAACACUAUUUGGUACUGAAUACACCACUUGAGGACAAUAUCACGACUCAUGGUUUAUCAAGUUUAUGUUCUGGACUGGUAGCUUCUAUUCUGGGAACACCUGCUGAUGUCAUCAAAAGCCGAAUAAUGAAUCAACCACGAGAUAAACAAGGAAGGGGACUUUUGUAUAAAUCAUCAACUGACUGCUUGAUUCAGGCUGUUCAAGGAGAAGGAUUCAUGAGUCUAUAUAAAGGCUUUUUACCGUCUUGGCUGAGAAUGGUAACGUCAGGUUUUUCCUUUGUUUUUGUUUUCUUUGUACUUAAAUUGCUUUUAAUCUGUAAAUAUUUUCCCCUUUCUCUUUUGGUUUUUAGCAUGGCUCUGCCCCCAAACCACAAUUCUUUCUCUUUUUUUAUAUCUUUUUUUGUUUUCUUUUUACCUCUCCUCAGAGUCCUGUUACCUUUCUUGGUAGAAUAAAGUAAAAUAAUUCAGUUACAUCCAGAAAUAAAUAAGUUGAUAUUCUGUUGUUAUAAA